CUAUCACUGACAGUGGUUGGACUAGACGACAGCUCAUCUUAUUGUAUUUUAUUUAGGUGGAUAAAAAGCUUCAUUUUUUGUUUUUCUCAGUGCUUAGGCUAAUAAUAAUAUUUAAAUACGAUCAAAUAUUCACAAUGUGGGACCCAACUCACGUGCAAGUAACCGUACAAAAGGCUCGUGGACUUUUAAUUAAAGGCAAAAACGGUACAAAUAAGUGUUUUGUGACUAUCGCCCUCGGUAAGGAAAAAUUCCAAACUUCUGUCAAACACAAAGCUACUGAAAAUGUCGAAUGGUUAGAGGAAUGUGAACUACGCAUUCCAACACACGGAAAUACUGCUGAAAUUGUUUUGAAAGUGUGGGAUGAAGAUCUAGUUAAGGACCAUUUAUUAGGUCAAGUAUCGAUUCCGUUAAAAGACCUCGAUGUUUACGAGCGGCCGAGAAACCGUUGGUACACUCUACAGGGUAAACCAGGUAAAGAAAACGACAAGAAAAGAGGUGAAUUAGAAGUGAAAAUCAGUUUUACCGUAAAAGAAGGAAGCCUCAAUGAUCUAAGCAAGAAAGAAAAACAUAAGUCAUCCUUAUCUAGCAUCGCUCAAAAUGUUGGUGGUAGUCUUAUGAGUAUUGGUAGUAUUGAAAAACGUAAAGGUCUGAAAAAAUUUGCCAAGAACCUUGGCUCCAAAAUAAAUUUGAAUAAGAAGGAUAAAAAGAGUGACUCAUCCUCUCUUAGUGGGAGUAUUGGAAAUCUUAAGAACUCUACAAUUUCCACACCAGAUCACUCCACUCCCAAAAGACUAUCUGAAGAAGCAGACCCUGGUGUUAUUAGUGAAGAUGAAGAUGAAUUUGCUUUUGAUGAUCUAUCUCAUAAGAGCUCUGCAAGUUCACUUAAUGUUCACACACUGCCUAGAGGCCAUAAAUACACUCCUUCACCAAUCAAUGCUUCAUUAGAAAACUUGGGAGGUGGAGAGUUUUUGAGAAGAUCAACAAGCAGCAACUUGGCAAAUUCUGACAAAUCAGUACCACAAAAACCAGUCCGACUAAGUCUUGACACAUUCACACCACCACAGGCACCAACACAAUUAAUUGAUAAAAAUGAUGAAUGGUCUCAGAAAUUAUACUCACGUCCAAAAUCCAACAGCCAAACCACUAUAGAGAGAGAAAAGUCAUCAAGUUUAGAGAGGAAUAAUAAACUUGAUAGUCCAAGUUCAUUGAAAGAAAAACCAAGUCCUAAAUUCUUCAAAAAAUUUGGUGGCAAUAAUAAAGCAAAGAAAUUGUUAGAAGAGCGUAUUAUAGUUGGUGAAGAAAAUAUUGUUGAAGAGGAUUCUAUAAACCCUGCAUACAAUAGCAUCCCUAAGUCUGUGAUAAAGCAAUUUGAUGGUAAGUCACGAGAAGAUCUGAUUGUUCUUAUAUAUAAUUUACAAAAGGAUGCAGAAAUUGAAAAAAAGAAAAACAAAGAUUUAGAAAAUUAUUUAGAUGAACUUUUACUCAGGGUGAUGGAGACAACACCUAGAAUUCUACAAAAUCCAUAUGUUAGAAAUAACAGCAUGCACAUAAGAAAUAAGUAAUGUAUUUGAAUGGGUACAAAUAUUACAUAACCCUCUUUCAAAACAUGACAUAAUACAUUCUAAAAGUUAAUUUGGCAUGAUCUUCAACAUUUGGGAAAUUUGUUAGUUUAUAUGUUAUGCAAUGUAAAUAGAAGAUUUUUGUGCCUGACCUAUAGUGCUCAUAACAGGGGCAACAUUAAUAGAUUUAGAAUCGAAUAAGAUAUUUGGCAUAGAAAUAACUUAGUUAAAUUUCAGCUCAAUGUUUAAGACACUGUCUGGAAUUCAUGCAGACAAAGUUUCAGGCAUAUUUAAUUCAGUAUCAUUGAAUAUGAACACUAACAAUAAAUUAAUAUAUUUUUUAAACAUUGAGUUAUUUUGAUUAUUAAAUUUUCUUUCUUCAUUGCCCAUUUACAAUGGCAUAAUCUAACAAGACCAGUGAGAAAGUAGUGGAAAGUCAAACUAAUAUUUAUAUAUUAUUGAUAUACUUUCACCACACUAUUACCUAACAACCUUGUUUUAACAUUCUGAAAUUUGUGCCUUAUGUAUGUAUCUGUGAUAAAAAUUGGUUAAAAAGAAUGAUAUAACUAAUGCAAAUUGAUUUUGAAGUUUUAGGCUUUCUAGCAUGUUUAAUUAACAUUUAUAUAUUUCUAUUUGUACAAAUUAUUGUAGAGAGUAAUUGAACAUCCAUCCAUAUUUAUGGAAUAUGUAGCUAACAUUUGUUACUUUUAAAUAUAAAAAUUUAUAUGUGCCAAACUUUGUACCACAUCAUAUUAUGGAAACUUAAUAAAAAUAUCCAAAUUGAGUUGAAAGUGAAAUUCAUUCAGAAGAUAAAUACAUUUCUUUUUAUCUUUAUCUUUGUAUUUAAAAAAUGUGGGUGUCAUAUAUUUUUUAGUAAUUUGUCACAUGAAAUUAGACAUAACAGCUAGAUGUAUGUAUGUCAUUGCAAAGCAAAAUACAAAUUGGUAAACAGCAUGUGAUAACAUUUAAGCUACAGGUGUCAUAUGAUGUGACUCAUAUAUUCAAUAAGCUAUGGUCUUUUUUGAUAUUCUAUGCCCUUAUAUUAUAUAAUAGAAUACAAAGGAGUUGGAUACCAUAUUUAGUAAAUCUCAAUUUAUAUACAUAUAAAUUAUGUAGCAAAUUAUAUAAAAAGUUUACAUUUGAUUUAACUGUCAGCAGAAUUAUAAAUGUUGAUAUAUCCCUACACAUCAAACCAUAAAAAAAGAAAUUCAAUGGUUAUAAAUUAUUGAAAAAUAUUAUUUAUAUUAGAAUAGCUUUUGGAUUUAUACCUAUAAUAAAUAAUUAGUGCAAAAAAGUUAAUAACUUUAUGUUUAUUACAAUUAUAUGCAAUGUGCAAUAUCAGAUAAUAAGUACUGUUAAAUAUUCCUAUUUAUAAUUUUAUCACAGGGUUCAGAAGAUAUUGUUUUCAUACUAUUUAACAGUGUUAUAGUAUUGGGACAAAAAUGAUGUUACAUAGUAAAAUCAGCCCACUAUCAGUAAUAUCACAGUAUAUGAUUGUUAUGUACACCUCUGUUAUAUCUUUAUUUUAAUAGAUAUAAUAUCGAUGUUCAAAGGUAGAGAACAAAGUAGGUUGUAAUGUUAUAAUUUAGAAAUAUAAAUUUUUAGAUGACACUGGUAAAAAAUAAAUUUAUGAAUUUUACCUACAUCUACUAUUUAAUUUAUAAUUCACUAAGAAAUGAUAAGAGAUAAGGAUAGAUAAUGAAAUUCUAUAUACUAAAGAUAUUAUAUUUUUAGUCAACUUAAAACUAAAAAUUAUUUAUUUUUAUAGAUGUAAAGGUAUAAACUACCAACUCUUAAGUCUAUUAGUUUACUUCCUAAAAGUUAAGAGAACAGUAUGUUUAUAGUAUAAUAGUACUUACAUUUUAAUGGAUCUUUUUAAAGGCAUGCAAGUCUUUUAGUUUUCUUAUAAACUAAACUUCCUGUACCUUACUUGUUUAAUAAACAGUAUUUUAUAAAA